AAACAAUGUUUAACGCAGUUAUAAAUUUUUUCAAGAUGAUGUUAUUAAGUUUUCAGCUUGCUUUGUGCAUAAGUCUCCUUGGAUUGUGUUCUGGUCAUAGAUAUUUAAAGUUUGAACGCAAAUCUUCAACACCUCAAAAGCCGGAAUGGCCGAGUCGCUAUCGAGUGGAUGGUAUUUUGAGUUUACCAUACGCUGAACUUAACGAGCCUUUCGUUGGUUGGUUUGAUGCUGAAGCAAAAAAAAGUCGAAUUGAUUAUUAUGAAGGCAUUUCAAAAACUAUUCAACGUGGAGAUAAAGGUGAAUUUGGAGCACAUUUCUUAGUUGCUCCAAUGUCAAAUGAAGUUCAGCUAAAUCAAAUAAACUGUUUUGAACUUAGUGGCACAAGUGAAGAGCCAGCUUUACCACAAUCACUAUUACCUGACAUGGAAAAUUUUACUUAUACUGGUGAAAAAGCUUUUAUGGAUUUUAAAGUGGACAUAUGGCAGUAUAAAUAUGGCGAUGACAACAAGUACAAUGUUUAUACACUUUAUGUAAAGAAAGAUUCAAGCAUACCUGUUUAUUAUGAAAUGAUUGGUUAUGAUUCUUUGCUUGGAUCUCAUUAUGAUGAAUAUAAAAUCAGAUAUUUUAAUUUGAAUACAGAUUACCUGGAUGAUGUUUUUGAUGAGCCAACGAAAGGCAUGGAGUGUCAUGGUUUUCCUGGACCUGGUUAUGAAGCUCAAGUAGUAUCCAAUCCAAUGAGAGAAUUCAUAUUCCCUGAAGAUCAAUCCCAUCUCCCUUCUAUGUAUAAAGAGUUUAUUAAGAAAUAUGAAAAAGAACAUGAAGAGUCAAGAAAACAUACAUUUAAACAUAACCUCAGGUAUAUAAAUUCAAUGAAUCGCAAAAAGCUAACUUUUAAGCUAAAAGUUAAUCAUCUUGCAGACCAUUCUCCUGAUGAAUUAAGAAAAUUACGUGGAAGACGCACUUCAAAGAAAUCUGAAAAAAACGUUUCAAAUGCUAAACCUUUUAUAAAAACUAUGAAAGUUUCAGAUCUUCCAACUGAUAUUAAUUGGAGAUUAUUCGGUGCUGUCACCCCUGUUAAAGAUCAAGCUGUCUGUGGAUCUUGUUGGAGUUUUGGAACUACUGGUGCUAUUGAGGGAGCUCUUUUUUUGAAGACUGGUCGUUUAGUUCGUCUUUCUGAACAAAAUUUGAUGGAUUGCUCUUGGGGUUUUGGUAAUAAUGGUUGUGAUGGUGGUGAAGAAUUUCGUGCUUAUGAAUAUAUCAUGAAACAUGGAGGUAUUGCUACUGAUGACAGUUAUGGAAAUUACUUAGGAAUUGAUGGAUAUUGCCAUCAAAAAUCUUCAGUUAUUGGAGCUAAAAUUGCUAGUUAUGUUAAUGUGACAUCAGGUGAUAUGGAUGCCCUAAAAAUGGCAAUCGUCCAACAUGGGCCAAUUGCAGUAGGAAUUGAUGCUGCCCAUUUAGCUUUUGUAUUUUACUCUCAUGGUGUUUAUUAUAACCCAGAAUGUGGAAACAAACCUGAAAACUUAGAUCAUGCAGUUCUUGCCGUUGGCUAUGGUGUACAGAAUGGUGAGCCGUAUACUCUUGUUAAAAAUUCUUGGUCAACACAUUGGGGUAACGAUGGAUACGUACUGAUGUCACAACGUGAUAACAACUGUGGUGUUGCUACAGAUGCAACAUUUGUUAACUUGGCAUAAAGAAACAUGAUUUAUCUUGAUACACUUUUAUAUAUAUAUUGAUAUAGUUUUAUAUGUAGAUUUUAUUUUUAUAUAGAUUUUUACUCAAACACUCUGUUAUGAUAAAAGGAGUUUUUAAUAUUCAGAUAUGUUUUUAUGUAAUAAAGUUAUUAUUUUAAAAUUUUUGUUUAAUAUUAUUUUUUUUUA